CAUCCGAGUCCGCACCACCUACAACAAGUAGGACAUUAGCAGUUUGUGGUCCGUAGUUGAUUCCUUAAAACCUCAGAGCAACUUCGUUCAUCAUUUGUUUUUGUCGACUAAGUAGUAUCGCCAUAGAUGAUUUCUUGUUACGUAAUCUGCAACAUCUACAACCAUAAUUAACCUUGAUAAGUAGCGAUGACGCUAUAAGUACAUUCACUGUAAACGACACACAAAAAGACAACCACCAAAAUGCCCUCUUUGAUCGCGCCACCACAGAUUGAGAUCUUACCGCCAAUCUCCGGCAUCCCAGAGUCUGGUGGACUCGUGGAUGCUGCUACUAAUAUCGAAGAUACAGUACCAAUUGGGUGCAAGUGCGCGGCGAAACGGGUAUCGGUUCCACACUUACCUAUCCAACACCAACUGGCCAGAGCAACCAAAGGGUUUUACAUUACUAGGCAAAGUGCAGGCGAUUUGGCAGCCUUGUCAAAAGAAGGAGACAUAAAAAAAUUGGCAAAGCGGGUCGGGGAGUAUGGUAUUGGUUGGGAGUGAUUUACUUGGAGAAAAUUUUAUGUUUGGUAUUCUUGUCCUUUUCAUUUCAAAGUCACAUUAUCGUAGUUUACCAAGAAACAAUGUAUCGUAUGGUGCACACUUGUCCUCGCUCGUGUAUUUAUGCCACCAACCUAUGUUUUUCCACCUCACCCCUCCACCAGCCCACGACCUAGAAUAUCUCGGUCGCAGCAUGGCUGUGGUACUGAAAAUGCCUGUCGCUUUGAACCCGCCUUUUUUGCCUAUGGACAUGGAGAUGCCUGGCAAGGGGACGAAGGGAUUAGCGGAAGACGCGAGUGCAGAAGGAGAUACAGGACAGGAAGGAGAAUCUGAAACCCCUGAUGUGAAGAGCUCUACGAUGGUCGGACCGGCGUUAGCCUCGACGAUACCUGCGUUAGCUUCUACGAUACCUGCGUUAGCGUCUACGAUACCUGCGUUAGCGUCUACGAUACCUUCCACAGCCUCGACCAUGGUGUCUCCAUGGUUCAGAUGGAAGAGAAAAAAGAGAAAAGAUCAAUCAAGAUCUUCAGUAUUUUUGUAACGAAAGUAGUACGUAAAGUUCCGAUCUGCAAGUUUCAGUUUGGAACUAUGAAAGAAGAGACGGGAGAUCCUAACUUGUGAUCUUAGUCGCAACGUUCUGUGCACAUGGAUGUUCUUUGC